UUCGAUUUUCGGCCUUCAGGUGUAAAGAAAAAAGAAGCUGACAUCAGCCUGACUACGGAUAAGAGACCUAGAGAGAGAAGAAGAAGAAGCUGAAGGAAUGGUGGCCGGAAGUUCGAUACAACCGCGCUUAAUGUCCACUUUCCUUACCGACGGCCGAUUGAUCCAAUCGAAAUCUACUCGUUCACUUCAGCACAUCUUCAAGUUCAACCCAGAAAAUGCAUACUUUUCUCAUUGUAUACUCAUCAGCAGUUUCAGAUCAUACACUUUGAGAAAUACAGUAGAAUCUGCAGAUGGCAAACAUAAGCGUUUAAAGCCCGGGAAAGUAUCACCUCGUCGGCUAGUUCCCAGCCACAUACAAAAACCUUCAUAUGUUGAUUCUGAGAUACCACCUGGAGUCGGGAGUAAGCCUGAAAUACAUGACGAGAAGGGGAUAGAGUGCAUGAGAGCAUCAGGAAAGCUUGCUGCCCAAGUUCUUCAGCAUGCUGGGACUCUGGUGAAGCCAGGUAUCACAACCGAUGAAAUUGAUCAAGCAGUUCAUCAAAUGAUUAUCGACAAUGGAGCAUAUCCAUCUCCACUUGGUUAUGGUGGCUUUCCAAAGAGCGUUUGCACAUCAGUGAACGAGUGCAUUUGCCAUGGAAUCCCGGAUUCACGUGUCCUGGAGGAUGGCGACAUUAUAAAUAUCGACGUUACAGUUUAUCUUAACGUAACCAAAGAAUGUCUGGAAAAGGCAAUAUCUAUUUGUGCACCUGGAGUUCAAUAUAAACGAAUCGGGAUGGAAAUACAGGACCUUGCUGAUAAACACAAAUAUGGAGUCGUGGAGCAAUUUGUUGGCCAUGGAGUCGGAAAAAUGUUCCACAGUGAUCCUAUGAUUCUUCAUUACAGGAAUAAUGGUCGUGGGCGAAUGUUGCUGAACCAAACUUUCACCAUCGAACCAAUGCUGACAAUGGGCAGCAUAAAGGGAGUUAUGUGGGACGACAAUUGGACAGUGGUAACUCGGGAUGGGAGCCUUUCGGCUCAAUUCGAACACACCAUCUUGAUCACAAAGGACGGUGCCGAGAUUCUUACACAGUGUUGAAAAACGCUCGUGGGACCCACGCGAUGUUUCAGACAUCAGCACUACAUUUCAUGAUUUUUAUCCAGCUACAUCAGGUUUUUGGAAAAUUAAAGCUUGAUAUGUUGUGUACAUUGUUAUGGUCCUCAUGGAGCACAGGCCGAAUGUGAAUUGAAUUUGUUCGAACUUGGAAUUUAUUAAUCUACCAAGAAAAACACAUGCCUAAUUCUAAUUUUAGAGGCAAAAAUAAAAAAUAAAAAAAUAAAAAAAAUGCUACUUUGACUAUAUUGCUUUUCGGCUUUUCCAACCUACAAUAUUAUUCCUGAUAAAAUAUAAUCUGAAUUUC